AUGGCGCUUGAGCUCUUGGCGCAGCAGUACCUGCCCAUCUCCCCGCGGCAUGUGAGCCUCCUGACGACCGACGGUGACAACGGCAACCCCGCCGCGGUGGUUGCCGUGUCGCCAGCCUUUGACGCGUUGAAUCGUGUCUUCUUUAUUGAAUGGGACGACCCGACGAACGCGUCGAGUUUCCGUCUGGCGCACGCGUCGGUGCCAGGCAGCAGCGUCACCGCCCUCGCACUUGUGCUGUCGCCGGAGGGAGUCGUGCACUGUGUCGUGCAGUCCCACACCAAGAAAGGGGGCGCUGCUGCCACGACGUACGUAUUCCGGCGGACCGAGAGCGACGACACGGAUGAUGAGGAGGGCGGUAGCGGUGCAGGAAUCGAUAAAGUGGUGGUUAAGUACAGGAAGUUACCAAAGGCAAUGGAAGAUGAUGGUAGAAGCUGGACGGCAGCCACGCGGCUGUAUCGAGGCAGCAGCGGCGGCGGCGGCGGCAGUGGUCGCAUUGCGGUGGCUUGUGGGGGUGAGCGGGGUGAGGCUAAUGCGCUGAAGAUGCUUCGCUUGUCCGGCACACGUGUGUCGGUACAGCAGACAAUGGAACUGCCUAUGUUGUCCACCUUCCCCCUGCUGCAGGUGCGCGAGAUUGACGGUGACGCGUCCUCCGUGCUGGCACUGUGCCACCACGCCGUCCUCGAGAUCGACCACAGACUGAGGCCUCAGGACAGCGUUGUGCGAGCGUGGAAGUGGACGCCGCACGAUCCCCUCACCUCGUUUGCCGUGAAGGACAACUCCAUCGUGGCGGGCACAGAGGAUGGUGUGCUUGUCGUGUGGGACUUGCGCCUCUCCGCGGUUCGCGAGAAGAGCAGCCACGCGGUGGAUCACAGCACCCCGUGCGGCGCCCCGGUGACGGGGCUGCACAUGCCGCACAGCACGAACAUUGUGUCAUGCCACGCAGAUGGUGCCGUCCUCGCGUGGGAGCGGCGGAGUGCGGCGGGUGGCGCCUUCCGCUUUGCACCGCGCCCCGCCGACGCGUUACCGCCUGUUUUCGUUGGCACUCCUGGCUGCGUUGCCCUCGCCGGUGAGGAGCACCUUGCUGUGGUGGCGGACGAGUCAGGGACACUUAGCGUGUUUGCCACGGCGUAG